AUGGAAUCCCUGCAGGACAAGGAAUUGGUGAUAGGAGGAGACGGACGGUGCGACUCCAUGGGGCAUAGUGCCAAAUUUGGCAGUUACGUUUUUAUGGAGCUUGACAUCAACAAACUGUUGUCAAUUGAGUUAGUACAGAGUAAUGAGGCACCAAAGCAAGCCAGCACCAACAUGGAGCUCGUUGGGAUAAAAAGGAGUGCCCCCUUUUUCAAGGAUUACAGUAUAAAGGCAGUGAUAACAGACCGGCACAGAUCAUUGGCCAAGUGGAUCAAGGAGAGUUGGAAAGUGACCCAUUACUUUGAUUGUUGGCAUGUCGUCAAAGGUCUAUGCAAGAAGAUGGAGAAACUGGCCAAGAAGAAGGGGAUGGAAUCCAUCAGAGACUGGAUCAAAAGCAUCAAAUACCACCUCUACUGGUGCGUGAUGUCCUCCCCUGAAGGUGACAGAGAGAUGAUUAAAAAGAAGUGGCUGGCAUGUGUAGACCACAUCCAAAAUAAGCACAAGAACUGUGUGCAUGGGCGGCUGAAGGGUAAACGAAGGAAAUGGUUGAAAAAGAGAACAGAAGUGUGCGACGAGCUUGUCGAUCUCUUGACGAAGAAAAUGCUGCUGAAUGACAUCAGCAAAAUGUCAGCCUUGGGACAGACCAGUGGAGUAGAAGCAUACCACAGUGUUCUGAACCACUUUGCCCCGAAGAUGAUUAAAUUCUCGCACAGCGGAAUGUAUAGCUCCGUCUUGCUGCUCUCCAUUAUAAUGAGAAUGCUGGUAGACCUCAGGCUAUAA